AUGGCAGAGAUAGGACCUCCCCCCCUGGCAGGCAUCACGGUCCUCGAGUUCGCCGGCCUGGCGCCCGGCCCCUUCGCGGGCAUGCUCCUCGCCGACGCAGGCGCCUCCGUGAUCCGCGUCGACCGCGCCUCCCCCGGCCGCUCGCUCCCCGCCCCCGACGCGCUCACCCGCCGCAAGGCCUCGGUCGCGGUCGACCUCAAGUCGCCCCGCGGCACGUCCUUCGUCAAGGAGCUGGUCUCGCGGGGCGCCGACGUCCUCAUCGACCCCUUCCGCCCCGGGGUCCUCGAGAGGCUCGGCCUCGGGCCCUCCGUCCUCCUCGGCAUCAACCCGCGCCUCGUGUACGCCCGGCUCACGGGGUUCCGCCGCGACGGCCGCUACGCCGCCAUGGCCGGCCACGACAUCAACUACCUCGCCGUCUCGGGCGCCCUCAGCCUCCUCGGCCGCGCGGCCGACACGCCCCUCCCGCCGACCAACAUGCUCGCCGACUUCGCCGGCGGCGGCGCCACCCUCUUCCAGGGCAUCCUGCUGGCCCUGCUCGCGCGCCACGCCUCGGGCAGGGGCCAGGUCGUCGAGGCCAACAUGGUCGACGGGUCCGCCUACCUCGCCACGUUCCCGCGCCUCGGGCUCACGUCGGGCCUCGGCGCCCGCGGCCGCGGCAGGAACCUCCUCGACGGCGGGUGCCCGUUCUACGACACGUACGAGACCCGCGACGGGAGGCACUACGCCGUCGGCGCCCUCGAGCCGCACUUCUUCCGCCAGCUCCUCGACGGCAUGGGGCUCCGCGGCCGGGGGCUCGAGGACAGGCAGCUCGACGUGGACGAGUGGCCGGCCAUGCGGGCCCUCUUCGAGCGCACCUUUAGGCAGAAGACGCGCGCGGAGUGGGAGGCCGUCUUCGACGGGACCGACGCCUGCGCCGCCCCCGUCCUCGACUACCACGAGCUGGAGCGCGACCCGGCCAGGGAAGGGGACCAGCGCCCGGCCGUGACGUUGCGCGGCACGCCGUGCCUGGCCAUCAAGCAGCGCCCCCCCGGGGGACACUCGGACCCCGUCGUGCACGGCCGCGGCGCCGGCGUCCCCGGGGACGGCUACCACGGCGAGCCGCUGGCCCCGGGCGACGGAGGCGAGCGUGCUCUGGAAUCGUGGCUGGGGUGGAAGAAGGGCAGAGAGUACGAUGUGCGCGACGGCGCAUAUGUCCUGACCGUGUCCACCAAAGAGUCGUCCAAGCUGUAG